GUCGGGCGCCUGGCUGCACGUGACUCGCGAGCGCGGGUGCACAGUGUAACGUCAUGGUGCUGUGGUGUCGGCGGGCUCUGGCCUCACUGUGGCAGUGGGGUCCGGGAGGUGUGAGAAGGCCCAUCUCUCUUUCUGUGGGUGCUUCAGGCCUGUUUGGGAGUGGAGGCAGUCAUGAAAAGGAGAAGCUUUCCCUGCAGGACAUUGCUGAGCUGAUCCGGUCCAGAGCCUGCCAGAAGGUGUUGGUUAUGGUAGGGGCUGGAAUCAGUACACCCAGCGGCAUUCCAGACUUCAGAUCUCCCGGGAGUGGCCUCUACAACAACCUACAGCAGUACCACAUCCCAUACCCUGAGGCCAUUUUUGAACUUGAAUUUUUCUUUCAUAACCCCAAGCCCUUUUUCAAAUUGGCCAAGGAGUUGUACCCUGGGAACUAUAAGCCCAAUGUUGCUCACUACUUCCUCCGACUGCUGUAUGACAAGGGACUGCUCCUGAGGCUCUACACACAGAACAUUGAUGGGCUUGAGAGAGUGUCUGGCAUCCAUCCCUCAAAGCUGGUUGAAGCUCAUGGAACCUUUGCCUCAGCCACCUGCACAGUCUGUCGAAGGUCCUUUCCAGGGGAGGACUGUUGGGCUGAUGUGAUGGCGGACAGGGUGCCUUGCUGCCCUGUCUGCAAUGGUGUGGUGAAGCCUGACAUCGUGUUCUUCGGGGAGCCAUUGCCCCAGAGGUUCUUCCUGCACAUGGCUGAUUUCCCCCUGGCAGAUUUGCUGCUUGUCCUUGGGACCUCCCUGGAGGUGGAGCCUUUUGCUAGCUUGUCUGAGGCUGUGCGGAGCACCGUGCCCCGACUACUCAUCAACCGGGACUUGGUGGGGCCCUUUGCUUGGCAUCCUCGAAGCAGGGACGUGGCACAGCUGGGGGACUUGGUUCGCAGUGUAGAAACGCUAGUGGGCCUUCUGGGCUGGACAGAAGAGUUGCAGGCCCUGGUCCAGCGGGAAACGGGAAAGCUGGACGGUCAGGACAGAUAAGGCAGUGGCUGCCCACAUUCGAGAAAUGGCCACACAGGAGAGCCACAUCCUAAUUUUCUAGUGAGACGAUGUGUUUGAGGACAGCUUGGGUAGGUUUACAAAUCUCAGCCAAACCAGGACGUGUGACCUGAGGAAUGGAUGUCUGAGGCUGCCACUGGAACAUCUGACGAGGAAGGGCAUGUUCAUACUCAGGGACACCCAAUCAAGGAUGCAAAGGAGCCACCUGUUGUUUCCAUCUAACUCUUCACUCUGCUGAAGCUCACAGUGCAAAAUACUUUCUUCUGAUGGUGACCCUCUUAGACUGAAAGAGAUUCACUGGAUCCCAGUCUGGGUCUGCUUUACUGUGCCCAGGCUGUCUGGAGGGCAGCUCAGCAUGUCUGUUAUAAGAUCCAGGCCUGGGCUUUGGUGAUAUGGUGGGAUUGUCUAGCAUGUAGGGUCUCUGAUGUAGGGUCAUUUUAAAGUCUCAUUUCUUACAUGAAAUAAAUUUCAGUGUAAUAAUGAGCAGCCUUUCAUCUCUUCACGACAGCAAGUGUUGACAUGAUAGUAUUUGGGUGUCCCCUGCCCCCAACAGUC